AUGCAGUCGUCAGAAGCCCCUCGCCGACGAGCAAGGAAGUUGUUCUAUGGACUGAAAGACAAACUGUCUUCUCGUUCAACAUCGCCCUCAGUCGCUUCAGUUCACUCUAAGCGAGAUGUAUCCGCUUCAGAUUCCCAACGCCAUGAAUGCAAGAGUCUUGAACCGAUAGUGGCGAGUGUACCGGAUGGCUUGGACUUUUGGCUGCGAGCUCUUAACAAGUUGUCGGCCGAGAAAAGAGCUGCUAUUGGAACCUCAAUUUCACAAAAGUUGAAUGUCUCUGAAACCUCUUGCCUCCUUGACGAUGUUAAAGAAGCCGUCCAAAAACAGGCCAGGCAGCAUGAGGGAAAACGCUGGAUGGUCGAUUUUGGAGGGAAGAAGAUCGUACUCCGUGAUAAGGUUGUAGACCCAGUGCAUAUGGUUUUAUCUUGGGCGGGCAUUCGCCUUCUUCUUCAGUUUACGCUCGCCGAUGCCAAGCAAAGUGAAGUCCUCCUCUAUGGACUGGACAUCGUGGGUUAUCUCAUCAAUCGUUGUAAGGUGUACGAAAUUUUGUAUCUCAACAAUACGGACAAUCUACCCUCCAAAGCAGAAGAAAAUCUUCGACACGCGGUAGUCCAACUAUAUGUGACCAUUUUAACAUUUCUUGCCACGGCAAUGAAGCUAUAUUCAGGUCAAUCUGGAACUCUUGCGCUCAACGAUCAAGCAGUCCAGUCUGAGGCGGAAAACUGUGAACGUGAUUGCACUCGAAUUUUGCGUGAGCAAUCGAGAGCUGAGCACACCGAACUAAAGGGGUUACUACAAGAGCUACAGACUACCUUCAACAAAAAUGUUAUUGUGGACUGGGUUCAGACAGAGGAAUGGGUUAAUUUUCUUCGGUGGAUAUCCGAGCUCCCAUUUGAAGAUGUGCACUCUAACGCCAAGCUUGGCCGUGUAGAGAACACAGGACAAUGGCUGCUGGACCACACUUUGCUUACAGAUUGGAAAACUAGCCAUGCCCCUGGAAUUUUCUGGCUGAACGGAUCGGCUGGAACUGGAAAGACCAAACUUGUGACCACGCUUGUGGAUCAUUUGCUAUUGGAGCUCGGCGCAGAUGAUGCUAUUGCAUACUUCUACUGUGAUGCUGGCCGUGGAAAAUCACUAGGAGUUUUGUCUAGUUUAUUACGCCAGCUAGCUUCUUCUCGAAACGGGCAAUCAAUCCAACAGCCGCUUUUUGAUGCAUACAUGAUAAAGAAAAAGAACGGCUUUGCCUCCAAGGCCCUCGGCGUAGGCGACAUCCAGCAGGAGCUGCUUAAUAUCGUCGAUAUCUUCCCUCGAACAUUCAUCGUAGUUGACGCUUUGGAUGAAUGUCAGAAGGACGUUCAAGCAGUUCUAAUCAAAACAUUGAAUUCUCUUGUUGGGAAAACCUCAAGGCCGGUCAAAGUCUUGCUUUCCAGUCGCCCUGAGCCAUAUAUCAGGGAUCUGCUGGGCGACGUGGUCGAAGUGGAAGUCGACAAGUCAGGCAACUCAAAAGACAUUAGUAAAUUUAUACACGAAUCCGUUUAUCAUCCACAUGUAUAUCUAGAAGGCUUCCCGUGCAACAAGUACUGGAACAAAAACAUGCCUGUCAAGUUUAGAGAGGAAAUUUGCACGGCCUUAAAUCAGAAAAGUGGAGGCAUGUUUCAAUGGGCAAAGCUACAAAUUGCCCAGCUAAGGCGACUAGAAAGUGAGAACGACAUUCGAAGCUACCUUGGAAAGCUUCCAACGGAGUUGAAAGGCUUGUACGAUUCUAUAUGGUCUGACAUCCAACAAGAACAUGGAAACAAGCCGAUAGUUGCUAAAAGAGCGUUCCAAUGGUUGGUCUGCAGUCGGAUACCUCCAACUCCCAAUGAAUUACUGUUUAUUGUCAGCCAAGACACUGACGGAUUCUAUAAAGACGAAAGCGAAGAGAAAUUGUUUCCAGCUUCGCCACUCGCCGAGGAUAUCGAUUAUGUUUUGACAGCGUGCCGGAAUCUGGUAGUCGUUGACAAAGCAGCUGGGGUUUGCAAGUUCUCUCAUCAUUCUGUGCAUGACCACUUCACGAAUGCUUCGGAAACCAUGAGCCCACAUCCCAAUACCCUUGCUGCUAAGCUAUGUCUUUUGCUUCUUCUACGCCACCAAGUUGACGAAGAUGUUGUUUUCAACAAUGUGGGCGCAUAUUGGCCCGAUACCUAUUAUUCAUCUGCUCUAGAUGCCCCGGGCCGAAUGGAAUGGGCAGGCAUUAUUCUAUCGUUCCAGGAAACUGUUGCUGAUGAUCUAAUACUUACAUAUCGUCGUGCAGACCCUCGGAAUAGUAUAUCACCCGCGGAUACUCUUUUCUACUACCCCGAAGAUCACUGGCUGUGGCACUUGAAAGUUCACGAGAAUCCGUACCCUGACCACGAGUUAGCUAUUCUCUUUCAACAAUUCUUAGGAAGUUUCGACGAAGCUUCAGACGCCUUCAAGCGACACUGGAUCAGAAAGGGCGGAAUAGUAGAACCUCCUGUUUUCCUAGCUGCAUCGAAUAGGAUCUACUUUCUUCUUCGCGAAUGCUCCCCUCAAAUUAUGCAAUCGAUGACGAAGAACGGGGCCCACGUUGAUCUGUACAAUGGUACUGACGGAUCAAGUCUGAUGCUUGCUGUUAAAAAGAAAGAUUAUAAAAUAUCCAGAUGCCUCCUCGAAGAUGGUGUCAGCUUACACUGUGAAGGGCAGAAUGGCGCUAGCCAUUGGGGAUCCGCGGCACUGUAUUUGGCAGUUGCACAUGAAGACAUGAAAAUGAUGCAACUUCUUAUUGAUCACGGGGCGAAGUUCAACGAUUGGCAUGACUUUAUCAGAUUGGCCAUUGGAGGAAACGUGAGUAUCUUGCGUUGUUUCCUUGGCCACCUGGAACUAUUUUCGCACAGCACGGUCAAUGUAAUACAUUCGAAGCUCGACCGACAGAAUUGCGCGUCAAAUCGACUCAUGCAUAGCGCAAAAUUACACGAUCUUCCGAGCAUCGCUCUGAUGUUGCGUGAGCUUGGUUGCGAUAUUGAUGCUAGUGAUGACAAAGGUAAUACACCGCUGUCAACUGCGGCCAAGGAAUGCAAUAAAAACAUGAUUGAGUUGUUACUCGAUUUGGUGGCAAAUAUCAAUCCGCCAAAAAUCAAAGAUAUUCAAGGAACACAUUUUCGUCAUAAUAACGUCCCACUGACGGCUGCUAUACAUGGUCUUGAGUUUUGUAAUGAAGAUAUCAAAAUUCAUGGAACUCUAGAAAGUACGGUUGAACUUCUUCUAUCUCGAGGAGCGGAUCCCAACCGCAAAAGUGGAAGACUUGGAAACGCCCUUUUAGGAGCAAUUCAGCUUAAUAGCGAAGUCAUUGUGGAUUACAUACUGAAGGCUUCACCUGAUGCCCUGGCUCGAAUAGAAAAUCGAGGGGCUCUGGCCUUAGCAGCACGAUAUUCGACAUUCAGCAUGGUAAAAUAUCUUAUGGAAAAGGGAGCUGGCAUCAACUUACCAGGGGGUCUGACCGAUGAAUCAAUUUACUUUGAUUACCCUAAAGCCCAAAGUGUAAAGUCUGUCAAGCAUCAAGUCGAACUGCCAAUAAUUGAAGCUGCUAUGAAAGGAGACCUAGAGAUGGUACAGAUACUCAUCGCUCAUGGAGCUGAUGUCAACGCCACCGGAAUUAUUUAUGGUAACGCGCUAUGCGCGGCUGCACACGAGAGACAUGAGAAGGUGGUUGAGUUCCUCAUAGGUUGUAAUGCUGACGUCAACAAGCAAGGCGGUGUGUAUGGGGAAAUGCCUUUGCUAGCUCUCACUCAUAACGGAUGGGCAAACUAUAGCUUUUUCGCAAGUCGACCUGGAUGCGAUAUGGAAUCCGUUUCAGUCGCUUACGCAAUACGUCAGUUGAAAGCAAACCAAGUUGCGGUCCUUUUAUUAGAAAACGGAGCCGAUCCAAAUGUUUAUACAGAGAAAUAUGGAAGUGCUCUAUCUGCUGCGCAGUCAAGGGGGCAAAGACAGAUGGUUGAUCUUCUUCUCAGAUAUGGUGCAAAACCUGUUGAGGGUAUCGAAUGCUGCGAAAGAGAUGGUCGUGAAGUUCUAGAGGGAGAGGUCGAACAGUCGGCGUACGAGUACGCGAUACGACAUAAACUAACAUCCUUUCCCUUACUUCCAGGAGAGUUUGAUGAGCUCUCUGAAGAGGAUAACUGCCGUAGGCAUUCGGAGAAACGUGCAGAAGAAAUAGAGCAUAGUUAUUCUACGGAACAAAGGAGCUGA